GCCAUUGCCCACCCACCUCUUUACAUCUCUCUCUCUCUCUCUCUCUCUACAUUACUUACUACAACUAAGGCUACUCUCAAAAUCUAGCGUAUAGACUUUGUUCAAUGGGUAACAUGGACUAUGAAUGCCCGCACCGUGUAGCCAUUCCUCCAUCAAAACCGCUAGUAAAGUCCUUAGAGUCGUCUCUCAAAGAGACUUUCUUUCCCGAUGACCCUUUCCGGCAGUUCAAGAACCAGCCUCUAUCCAGGAAGUUUGUACUAGCCCUACAAUACUUCGUGCCAAUCCUCGAAUGGGCUCCUCGCUACACUUUUGACUUCUUCAAAUCCGAUGUUAUUGCCGGAAUCACUAUUGCCAGUCUAGCAGUCCCUCAAGGGAUCAGCUACGCUAAUCUCGCCAACCUACCGCCCAUAAUCGGAUUAUAUUCCAGCUUUGUCCCACCGUUGGUGUAUGCCAUGUUGGGGAGCUCUAAAGAUUUGGCAGUGGGUACUGUGGCUGUUGCAUCGCUUCUCAUAUCUUCUAUGCUCGGGAAGGAAGUUAACCAUAGUGAGAACCCUACACUUUAUCUUCAGUUGGCUCUCACGUCCACCUUCUUUGCCGGAGUCUUUCAAGCUUCUCUCGGUUUGUUAAGACUUGGAUUUAUCGUGGACUUUCUGUCACAUGCGACGAUAGUGGGCUUCAUGGGUGGAGCAGCCACUGUUGUUUGUCUUCAACAGCUUAAGGGGAUCCUUGGGCUUGUUCACUUCACUCACGAGACUGAUCUUGUCUCCGUCAUGCGGUCUGUAUUUACCCAAAUGCACCAGUGGAGAUGGGAAAGUGGUGCAUUAGGCUGUUGUUUCCUUUUCUUCCUCCUCCUCACAAGAUACUUUAGCAAGAAAAAGACGGCCUUCUUUUGGAUAAAUGCGAUGGCGCCUCUGACGUCUGUUAUUUUGGGAAGCCUCCUAGUUUUUCUGACCCACGCUGAAAAACACGGCGUUCAAGUGAUUGGGCACCUGAAAAAAGGCCUAAAUCCACUUUCCGUAUCUGAGCUGGCUUUUGGGUCGCCGUUUCUGAUGACAGCCAUCAAAACUGGGAUCAUUACUGGUGUCAUAGGCCUCGCUGAAGGAGUAGCAGUGGGAAGAAGUUUCGCCAUAUUUAAGAACUACCACAUCGAUGGGAACAAAGAGAUGAUCGCUUUUGGGAUGAUGAAUAUUGCUGGCUCUUGCACUUCAUGCUACUUGACAGCUGGACCAUUUUCGCGAACUGCGGUGAAUUUCAAUGCUGGGUGCAAGUCAGCAGUGUCCAACAUAGUCAUGGCAACGGCGGUGAUGAUCACAUUGUUAUUCCUCACGCCGUUGUUCCACUACACACCCCUUGUGGUGCUCUCCUCUAUAAUCAUCACCGCCAUGCUCGGCCUUAUUGACUAUGAAGCUGUCAUCCACCUCUGGAAGAUCGACAAGUUUGAUUGCAUGGUUUGCAUGGGUGCUUUCGUUGGUGUCGUCUUUGGCAGUGUCGAGAUUGGCUUAGUCAUCGCGGUCACACUAUCUAUGCUAAGGGUUCUACUCUUUGUGGCAAGGCCACGGACUUUUCUCUUGGGCAAUAUUCCCAACUCCAUGGUUUACAGAAGCAUUGAUCAAUACCCAAUUGCUAACAAUGUUCCUGGGGUUCUCAUUCUCCAAAUUGACGCGCCCAUCUACUUUGCCAAUGCAAACUACUUGAGAGAAAGAAUCUCAAGAUGGAUCUACGAGGAGGAAGACAAAUUAAAAUCUACAGGAGAAGCCAGCUUACAUUAUGUUAUAAUAGACAUGAGUGCUGUUGGUAGCAUUGAUACCAGUGGGAUCAGCACGCUUGAAGAGCUUAAGAAGAAUGCCGAUAGAAAGGGUCUCAAGCUCGUGCUAGCCAACCCAAGAAGCGAGGUGAUUAAGAAGCUCGACAACUCCAAAUUCAUCGAAAAGAUUGGUCAAGAAUGGAUUUAUCUGACGGUGGGAGAGGCUGUUGCUGCAUGCAACUUCAUGCUUCACACGCACAAGUCGAAUCCGGCUGCCGUUGAAUUGCAGCCACAAGAUAGCAAUGUCUAAGCUAUGAUCGACCAAUUAAUCAAAAUGUAGUUGCAUACUUAGUGGAUUCCAGCCAUGACUAUUAGGCAACACUGUCCGCCAUUGAAGAAGCAAUUUUACCUAAUUUGGCCGAGGCAGAGUGGAAGAGGCUAGGGUUCGUAUAUUUUUAGGGUGCUUAUAAAUUUUUAUGUAUUAAUUAAUAUGUACAUUAAAAGUUAAAUAUGGAUGUAAUCCUCAUAUAAUUUCUGAGGCAAGUGGUUUGAUGGGAGCCUUCUCCAUGUAAUGUAUGCUUCCAUCUAUAAUGAAGUUUUAGUACUUUGUCACUCA